AUGGCAGCAAAUAGUACUAUCAAACCAGCCCUGAUUGUGGUGGACAUGCAAGAGGAUUUCUGCCCUCCACAUGGGUCACUCGCCGUGACAGGAGGCCGCAGCAUUGCCUCGAUAAUCAACACUCUACUUGCAAAGCCGGGAUUUGUCGUGCGCAUCAUGACCAAAGACUACCAUCCAAAGGACCAUAUCUCAUUUGCCAGUAAUCACCCAGGGCCUGACAAUCAGCCCUUUUCUUCAUUCGUCACAAUGAAGAAUCCCGCUCGAGGAAAGGAAUCAGAAACAAAACCACAGCAACUCUGGCCAGUUCACUGCGUGGCUGGUACCCCCGGCGCAGAAAUUAUCCCAGAGAUUGACACCUCUAGCGAACAUCUAGUUGUUCGCAAAGGCAUGCGCCCGGAAGUCGAGAUGUACUCUGUGUUUGCUGAUGCUUUCGGAAACUGUGACCAUGGAACCAACGCACAUUCGGUCAGUCUAGAUGUUACCGCGGCUCUCAGGGCUCAAGGCGUUACAGAUGUAUUUGUUGUGGGCUUGGCUGGGGAUUAUUGUGUCAAGGCUACAGCUCUUGAUGCUGCGAAGGUUGGAUUCAAAAGCUGGGUUGUCGAGGAGGGAACAAGAUGUGUCGUGCCUCCUGCUUGGGAUUCUGUUAAGGAAGAACUUGAGACUGCGGGGGUGUCUAUUAUCUCUAUGGACGACCCUAUCAUCAAGGAGCUAGGAGGGAAGAGUUGA